UUGCUUCCAUUUUUUAUAAUUUUCUUGUUUUCUGUUGCUUGUGUGUGUUUUCUUUUGAUGUUUGUAUAAUCCAUGGCUGGUUUAGAUUUAGGCACUGCUUCUCGUUACAUUCAUCAUCAGCUCCACCUUUCUGACUUGCAACUCCACAGUAGUCAACCGGAAAACAACCAACACCACCAGCUCUUCGCCGACGGUGCCCUCCACAACCAUCAGCAUCAAGAGGAGGAUGACGGUACUCAGGGUCAUGACCUCGUUUCCCCCAACUCAGCUGGUGGUGGCGGUGGUGGUGACAUCGUUGGCCGACGACCUAGAGGCCGUCCAGCCGGAUCCAAGAACAAGCCCAAACCUCCUGUUAUCAUCACAAGAGAAAGCGCCAACACACUAAGAGCUCAUAUCUUGGAAAUCGGAAACGGUUGUGAUGUCUUUGACUGCAUAGCAACUUAUGCAAGACGACGGCAACGAGGGAUCUGCAUACUAUCAGGAAGCGGCCUCGUCACUAACGUCAGCCUCAGGCAGCCAGCAGCAGCGGGGUCUGUGGUGGCUCUUCAUGGCCGGUUUGAGAUCUUAUCUCUCUCCGGUUCUUUCUUGCCUCCGCCAGCCCCACCAGGAGCCACCAGCUUGACCAUAUUCUUGGCUGGCGGUCAAGGGCAAGUAGUAGGUGGAAACGUGGUUGGAGAAUUGACUGCUGCUGGUCCGGUCAUCGUUAUCGCUUCCUCCUUCACUAAUGUCGCCUAUGAAAGACUCCCACUAGAAGAGGAAGAGCCGGAAGGAGCUGGGCUUCAGAUGCAACAGCCGGCUUCUCAAACCGAUGGCGGUGGUGGAGGGAUAAAUAGCAACAACCCAUUUCCAGACCCAUCUUCCGGUCUACCAUUCUUCAACCUACCUCUGAGUAUGCCUCCAAAUGUUCAGUUGACGGUGGAUGGAUGGGGAUCAGCCGGCGGAGGAGGAGGUAACUCAGGUGGACGCUCCAAUAACAACAAUCCAUUCUAAUAUGGAUCGGGUAACAGUGAUAAAUGGAAAAACUACAAUGGAGUACUUCAAGUGUUGCCUUAACAGAUGAGUCAAAAUGUGAGUUAAACAUAGUUUCCAAAGGUGUUCAUGUUCUAAGUACUGUAUGAUUCUCAAUUUUAAGUUUGUAUUUUUUAACCAACUUUAUGCAGUUUUUGCCUUUUUGUAGUAAAAUAAUAUUUGGCAUGUGGGUAACA